GUAGGCUGGGUCUGUCUAAAAGUGAUGAUUACGGCUGGGGAAUAUUUUACAGCCUGGAACGUUAUUUUAAGAUGAAUGUGCCUUGACAAAUUCGCAACUGCAUCAUAUGACGAACGACGACGUUCUAGCUAAAAAACACAAAUGUAUUGUAUACUGUACGACUAAGAUGAGUCAGUUAAAGAAUAUGGGUACAUCAGAUUUUGUCUACAGUAAUCAUCGCAUAGACUACAUCAAUACAUCCAAACAUCAUGUCACUACUUCACAACCUGUGCAGGAACACCAAUCAAUAUGGGUUAAAUUGAAGAUCUUGCUCUCGCAACUUUUCACUGAUAAAGGCAACUUUAGCCUCUUAACAACCCUAUCAAUUCUGGUUAUUGGGAUUAUAAUUGUCAUACCAUCUGAUGGUGCAUUAAGAGAGGCUGGCAAGUUCUUUCUAUCAUGUGGUAUAUUUGGAUUUUCUGCUGGAUUUACAAACUCUCUGGCCAUUCAGAUGUUAUUUAUCAAAAUACCUUUCCUGUAUGGUAGUGGGGUGAUUCCAAGCCAGUAUAAAGAAACAAAGUAUCAAAUUAAGAAAUUAUUGAUGGAUGCAUUUGCAAGUGAAUCUGUUCUUAUUAGUCUUGCUGAUGCUGUGCAAGGCUUCUCAGGAUCUACUGAAUUAGAGAAGACAAAUGCCAUGUUGGAUGAAAAAUUAUUAGAAUUGGAUGAGAAAUAUGAUAAAUGGCUAAAUACUGCUGGAUUGGACAAACCAACCACCAAAUUGUUACUGAAAAUGUUAAUUUAUGAAUGUAGAGAUGAAAUGAUAACCAAUAUCAAAUUAUCAUAUCCAGAAAUAUCAAAGGAGUCUAACAUUGGUCAGCUGCAGCACAUGAUGACAGACAUCAUUGAAAGCAGAAUGGAAGUCCUAACUGAGAAGAAACUUACUGACAUUACACGGCAUGUUAUCAAACAGCAUCUUGGUUGGGUUGUGUUGUGGGGUUGUUUUAUUGGAGGGAUCAUUGGGUUGGCAUGUCAAGCUGCUGGAAUAUCACCAAAUUAUUAACUCUGCUUAGCGGAUAAAUUAAAGUUGCACUUCAAGAUCAUUGGCUUUAUUGGGACUAUUAUAUGAAAUAUGUAAUUGCAUGAAUAUGCUUUUGUGGAUUGCCCGGAUUAACCCUUAUAUUAACAGUAAUAACUAGUAAUAACAGAAGUGAAUUCUUUUUAAAUCAAAUGAAAUUUGAAUAAACCAUCCAAUGGGAAGCUGAAAUGAUUGCCAGCAUUAGGAUGUUCUUAUUUCUUCAAUUCAUGCAAAUUCAGGCUAUCAAAAAUGUUCACAUAAUAGUCCCAAUUAUGCUUUGAGUUAGUCUGAGACUGUGUACAACUUUAAAUAUGAUUACAUUCAGUAAUUGAUAAGGCAAUUUGUUUGGAGGGUAGAUAUUGUAAAUCACUCCUAAUUAAUUGAUUAGCUACUUGUUUACUUAUAUGGUAUCAUUUCCUAGCAAUAUGUACUUACUGUAAAAUGGAAAGAAACACUGCACAUAUUUAACUCUAUUUAUAUCUAUCGUAACUACAGUGCAAUAUUAGUUAUUGUAAGUCUUAUCAAAUAAAUGUAAAAAAGCAAUAUGUUCAAAGCAGUAAAAAUUUAAAUAAAUAAAUAAAUUGCCAUUAUUAUAUUGAUAUUAGAUUGUAUAAAUAGUAUCAUCUACUACUACUUGGUAACUGUAUAUUGUGAUCUUGAAUUGAGAAAGCCAAUAUUAAGUUAAAGUAAUAUUUAUACAUGGAUAGUAUGCAUUUGUGUAAUUUACUAUCAGAUGAUCAAUACAAAAUCUUUAAAAGUUUCUAAUCAUUG